UGAGGAAGGUGAAAGUGUCUCGGGGGCCCUUGGACGUAGGAGUGUUGCGGUCCGAUUUUCCCGUCGUCGUCGUCGUUAUCGUCGCUGCCGCAGAAGCUCCCGACGAGUGAUAACCAAAAAGAGACAUUCAUUCGUUGAGUGAUGAUGGCCCCGCGACCCACCAGCCCCGUCAUGAACUCGGUGUGUGGCCGCGAGUCGUCGGUGUCCCCUCCGUCAGUAGUGGCUCCGUUGGCCAUCAAGGCCUCUUCGUUAGGGGACAGCCAGGGCGUCCCCAUGACGGCAGACCAACAGCAGCAGCGGUUGUUGUACCAGCUGGCUUUGGCCGAGCGUCUGAGAUUGGCUUCCGCGGGUCUAGCGUGGGCACGGCCUCCCCUGCUGACGCAUCAGCCCCACCACCUUCAGGAGCCCACGGCGGCCGGGUCUCUGAUGGGCGGGGGUCUCAUGAACGGACUAGGCUUUCCCGUGGUUGGGGGAUUAGGAUCGGUGGCAGCCUUCGGCGGCGGUGUGAUUAGUGCGGCCGCGGCGGCAGCCUCGCAGAUGUCCCCUGCGGCCUACCCUCCCACUCAUCCUCUGUACGGCUACCGGCUCCUGGACCCUCGCAUGUUGUUGCCCCGGGGGCCGGAGGAGCCCAAGCCCCAGCACUCCUACAUCGGGCUCAUCGCCAUGGCCAUCCUGAGCAGCCCCGAGAAGAAGCUGAUUCUGAGUGACAUUUACCAAUACAUUUUGGACCAUUAUCCUUAUUUCCGAUCUCGCGGCACCGGCUGGAGGAACUCCAUCCGCCACAACCUCUCCCUCAACGACUGCUUCAUGAAGUCCGGCCGCUCCGCCAACGGCAAGGGCCACUACUGGGCCAUCCACCCGGCCAACAUCGACGACUUCCGGAGGGGCGACUUUCGACGCCGAAGGGCGCAGCGGAGGGUGAGGAAGCACAUGGGCCUCGCCGUCGAUGACGACUCCGAACCCGAGACCCUCUCCCCGCCCCCGCCCCCGCAUACGGCCUCCUGCCACGAGAUGCCAGCCCUUCCGGCCCUUCCGCGCCUCCCGACGACAGAGGUGACCAAACACCUGACGAGACCCAAGAGGCAGUUCGACGUCCUGAGUCUUUUGGCACCCGAUGCCCCUCGGGAACUGACAUCCGGCGGCUCUCAAGAAAAUACUGCCGAGGAAGCGGUUGGAAUGGAGGUCACCAACGCUACGGACCUUCUGCGGGAGAACCACCUCCGGGUGGUAGACGAUCUCCGCCUUCAGGUACGUGACGUGAGUGAGGACGACGACGAGAGUCAUUCGCUGCAUCUCAAAGCGACGCACUGCCUUCCCCUGAGCAGUUCAGAGCCUGACCUUCGUCGGCCCAGGAAGGACUCUCCCUUGCUGGUCAGGUCUGACGAAGGGGGUGAAGGCGAAGCAGAUGGAAAUGAAGACGACGAGGAACGGGAAGAGAAGUGCGUUCCUCUGUACCACAGCUCUCACCAGAAAGUCGUCCCUUCCUCCUCCCCCUCCCCCUCCUCCUAUAUGACUGCUACAGGAGGAGGCCGGGACAAAGGCUGCCUCCCUCCUGCAGCAGCAGCAGCGAGGGAUUCCCCUUCCCCCUUGGAGUAUUUAUCGGCACCCUGGCAUUGCCCAUCCUCUCCGGCGACGGCUGUGGAACCCCACAUCACCCCUUCUUCAGCCAUCGUCCGCCCAGCCUCGCCACCCCUUCAUUAUGUCCGUGAUCUGAUGUCAUCCAGCAUCCGAAAUUAUCCCGCAAACCUCAUCCAACCUCACGUCAGCAAACCAGUCAUCCAGAGCCUUCCAAGUUCAACCUCACUGAAUAGCUUGAACCUCCAGCCAAUUCCAGCCAGCCACGGGCCUAACCUCUCCCCCCACCAGCCCCAUCCUAGCAUCAACCUCAGUCCUUUCCCAUCCAUCCAUUCGAGAGCCCAUCUGUCCCCAUCCACGUCCAGUGCCCAUCAUUUGCCCAUCGCUGUCUCUCACGAGAGUAAUUCGGAGAUUCAUACCGAUCACUGAAGAUCCUUAUAGGUCUUUUUUGUGGUUUUCGUGAUAGAUUUUAAAUGCCAUUAUUAUUAUUAUCAUUAUUAUUAUCAUUAUUAUUAUUAUUAUUAUAGAUUCUAUGUGACUUUACAAGUAAAUUAAA